AUGGCGGAGAGAGUCUUGAAGAAGUUUGAAAAAGCAGGACUAAUGAGGUACAUGACGCAUGACUACCGAACCAUCCAUGAUCUUGACUUCACCGAAUGGUUUGCUCAUGCUAAGGUCACGAAGGGCAAGAUUGAAAGCCGCUUCAACGAAAUAGAUAUCACAACCUCUGUGGAAGCUUUAUCUGUUGAUAUACAUGCUGUUGAUGGUGCUGAGGGUGAUGUUGAAUCUGUGGCUGAGCCUCGAGAGGAGGUAGUUCAAGAGAUAGAUGUUCCAGCAGCUGAAGAUCAAGACUUUGUGGUGGCUGCUGACGAUCAGGGCACUGUGGGCAAAGGCAUAGCUGCUGAAGAAACAGAGGGUGAGCCUGAGGAAGAUCCUGAACUUGAUGCUCAAUUCAGAGAGGAUAUCAGGCGAUUUCCUAUUGCCAUGGAAAUGCCAUCACCAUUCCUGCUGCCUCAAGACACAGCAUCAACCUUUGCAGCUAGGAUGGUUGAUAGAGAAAGGUGGAGUGCACCAGUUGCUCCUGAAAUCAUAGACAUUCCAGACUCACCAGAGCACACUGAGGUGCAAGAAAAUGAGCAACGAGAGCAGUAUGCUGAGAAUCCUGCUGGUUCAAGAGUUGGAGUUCAAGAAGGUGGAAACCGGGAAGCACCUAUCGAUGAACCAACUACGCCAGCAGAUGAUCUUGUUACCAGCACUGGUUCGAGAGCAGCAAUCCCACUCUCCCAAGUAGAUGAAUCUGCUCUGGACGACCAGGUAGCAGCUUCGAGAGAUGAUACAGCAUCAACCUUUGCUGCCAGGAUGGUUGAAAGAGAAAGAUGGAAUGCACCAGUUGCUCCUGAGAUAAUAGACAUUCCAGACUCACCUGAGCAAACUGAGGUGCAAACAAAUGAGCAACGAGAGCAGACUGAUGGAAAUCCUGCUGGAUCUUUCGAGGAGUCCUUCAUUUACUCGAUUGGCAAUCUUUGUUGUAAGAUGGUUCGGUCAAGUCUUGGUGUUCUUCUUGCGAUUCUUGCAGCUGCUUCAGAGGUAGGUAGAACUACUUUAGGGUCUGCAAAUCACGACCUCAAGUUCUACUUCUUCGGGCUUCGUGGCUAA